AUGAGAAGAAGCUGCGUCAACAUUGGCAACGCCCGGCUGUACGGCCUCGAGGCCGACCUGGGCCUCACCCCGUCCCAGUUCCAAGUCGCCGUCUCCGUCUUCUUCGUGCCCUACCUGCUCCUCGAAGUACCCUCCAACCUGCUCCUGCAGCGCCUCACCCCCCGCCGGUGGCUCGCCGCGCUCUCCUUCACCUGGGGCCUCGUCGCCGCGCUCUCCGGGCUCGUCCGGUCCCACGCGGCCCUGCUCGCCUGCCGCCUCCUCCUCGGCGCCCUCGAGGCCGGGCUCUUCCCCGGGCUCACCGUCUACCUCACGCUGUUCUACACCCGCCGCGAGCUCGCCCGCCGCGUCGGCUACCUCUUCGUCAGCGCGGCGGUGGCCGGUGCGCUCGGCGGGUUGCUGGCGUUUGGGAUCGGCAAGUUGGACGGGAAGGCGGGGAUGCGCGGAUGGCGGUGGAUACUGAUCGUGGAAGGGUUGCCGAGCGUGGUGCUGGGGGCGGCGACGUGGGUGUGGCUGCCGAGCGACACCAAGACGGCGCGGUUCUUGUCGGAGGGGGAGAGGGCGAGGAUGGAGCUGAGGAGGCGUGGCGAGUACGGGGAUACGAAGAGCGGGAGGGAGCUGAGCGCGCGGGACGUGAGGGCGGCGUUCCAGGACUGGAAGGUGUGGGCGUUUUGCGCGGCGCAGUUUGGCGUGGACACGAUGCUCUACGGCUACUCGACGUUUUUGCCGACGAUCAUCAAAGGCCUGGGGAGGUGGUCGCCGGCGCAGGUGCAGCUGCUGACGAUUCCGUGCUACUUUGUGGGCGCGGCGGCGUACAUGGCGGCGGCGACGGGGUCGGACCGCGCAGGGAGGCGCGGGCCGUGGUGUGUCGGGUUCGGCGCGCUGAGCGUGGUAGGGUACGCGGUGCUGCUGGGGGCCGGGGGCACGCCGGCGGGGGUGCGGUACUUUGCGUGCUUCCUGGUGGCAGCCGGGCUGUACGUCGUCGUCGGCCUGCCUCUUGCUUGGCUUCCGAAUAACUGUCCUCGGUACGGCAAGCGGGCGACCGCGACGGGCCUGCAGCUCACGAUUGGCAAUGCAGCGGGCAUCAUGUCGUCGUUUUUAUACCCGACGGCGGAGGGUCCGCGAUUCGUCCGCGGACACGCAGUGACGCUGGCGAUGGUAGCCGUGGGCACAGUCAUCUACGGCCUGAUGUGGGCGUGGUACCGCCGCGAGAACGGGCGGCGCGGACCGGGAGGCGCGGCGGUGAAGGAGGAGCACAAGGACCUGUCGGACGACGAGCUGCAGGAGCUGGGCGACGAGAGCCCGCAUUUCAAGUACACGACGUAG